AUGUCUGGUGUUUUGAAAUCAGAUGGUUUGGAAAUCGCACACGUGGAAGAUGAUCGUGGAGUGCAAGGAGAAGCAGCUAUAAUCGAUGUCGACGAUAGAGAAGAAUAUUUUGUGAAACCACUGUACACAUACUAUUGUACCUGUGGAGAGAUGGCGAUGAUAAGUGAUACCCUCAUUAACCGAAUGCCAAAACGGCAAAGAGAUGGUGCUCGUGUGAUCACUCCAGAAAGAACGACAGCCAAAACGUUUGCGAAACAAGGGGAAACGGUGUACAUCAAAAGAUCGAUUGGGUUGGAGCAACAGUAUCGAAAAAUUUGUAAAAAGUGCUCAGUUCCACUAUUCUAUCAACAUCCAUCAGCUCUCUCACGUACCUUCAUCUUCGCAGACGCUCUUUUAUCAGCACAACAAGUUGGUGGUUUCAGUGGUAAUAAUGAGGAGCAGCGUGCCAAGAAAGUUAUUAUGAAGAGAAAUGUCAAGAAUCAAGGAAAGAUGGGAAGUGUAACAGUAUCGACAAUGGAAGGAGAAGAGGAGGAAGAAAUGGAGGCUAGAGAAACCGCCGAAUCAUAUACGAUGAAUGCUCGAAUUGUUCAUGAUGCUCUGAAAAGGAAAGGAUUCACUUCAACUGUUUCCUCAUCGUCAAGUGGAAAAUUCGCAGUUCAAGGAACUCCAUCAUCAUCAGUUGAAGCCACUCCGAACACAAAAAGAAAACGAGGAACCCUUGUAUAA